AGUGACCAUAACACGCCGUAAACUGUUGUCGUUGCUGAUCGUAGUGCGAAAUCCGGAAAAUUGUAUGUGCUUUUGUGCAUGCUCUGACUACAUUCACCGACGUCCAGUGGAGGCCUGCUUUUCCGCUGAACGGCCUUGGAAUAAAGCAAACUCUGUUGGUGUUCACAAUGUUUCACAACGUACUCGCUCCAUCCCCAGUAUACCAGAAUGUAUUUCGGCCACCGACAGUACCUCAGCCGGCUCCGGCCGCUAGCACUUCUUUCUACGUGGAAAAUUUACUCCGGAACAGUGCUCCGGCGUGCUGCAUCGCGAGACCAAUCCCCACUACACAGACUGCCACAACGGUAUCUACGCUAUGCAUGCAUUCAGACUGUCGAACGUGUAGCUCUUCUGCGGCAGUUACCACUGCAGCGUCGGAGACCUCUGGAACGUAUCUGAAAUUUGGCGUUAAUGCAAUUCUGUCUUCAGCCACCACAUCAACAGGUGCUAACACGAGUGCCUUUUCUACGUAUUCGGCGGGAAAACCACUUGUCAGCUUACCGAGGCCGUUUUAUGAUUCACCUGUACAACCUUUAUCGAGGAAUCCAUACUUUCCAGCUUCAACAGUUAUUCCUGUACCUGGUACGUAUGCGUGGCCAGCCACAGCCAGAGGAAAGCCACGCAGAGGUAUGCUGAGAAGGGCGGUGUUCUCCGAUGCGCAGAGGAAAGGACUGGAGAAGAAAUUUCAACAACAAAAAUACAUCAGUAAGCCAGACAGAAGGAAACUCGCUUCGAAGCUAGGAUUGAAAGAUUCCCAGGUCAAAAUCUGGUUCCAAAAUCGAAGGAUGAAGUGGAGGAACUCGAAAGAGCGGGAAUUACUGUCGUCCGGGGGCUCUAGGGAAUCUACUCUGCCUAAUAAAUCCAAUCCAAAUCCAGAUUUGAGCGAUGUUGCAGACGACAGGAAACACGAAUUAAGUGACUCCGAAAAGGAGAUUGACAGUAUUGCGAGCAGUCCCUGCGCAAGUCCCACAGCGGAGGACCAUAACGGCGACAUCAUCGUACCACAUGACCAUCACAUUGACGAUAUGGCCGACGACAUGAUCGUCGACGACGACGAUGACGAUGACGAAGAGGAAAUUAAAGUUUUGUAGUUCUGACAUCAUAUGAUUGCAGUGCGUCGUCAUUUUGGUCUGCAACUGCCGCCACCCGUGUUGCUAUGGGAACUCUUGACAUCGCCCUCUAUUCCCUCCACCAUGAAUCAUGAUGGCGGAAAUGAGGAUUGAGACAUUAUCACGUGACCUGUGUGGAAAUCCUCACCAUGUCUUCCGCGUAUUUUUCAGAACACACAAAAAAACAUUUAUUUUUCAAAGGAUACUUUUGAUUACUAGUACUUAAAUAAUGCAAUGCGUUGUAAUGUUAGAAACCUAGUAACUAUUGCGAGU